AUGAUAAGAUUACCUGCAGCAUGGAACAGCUUAUCGCGAGUCAAACUUGAUAAUGUGUAUUGUAAUGGAGGCGACUUAGCGGACUAUCUACAAGCUAAUCGUUUACUUAGUGAGGGUACAAUUAGGACUUUUCUUCGACAACUGGCGGAAGCAAUGCGUGCAAUACACGCUAAAGGCAUCGUCCAUCGUGAUUUGAAACCGCAGAAUAUCCUCCUGACUCACAAUGUCAUGCCACCGCGCACUCCACAUCCUACUGAAAUUACGCUUAAAAUCGCGGACUUCGGCUUUGCAAGAUUUCUGGAGGAAGGAAACAUGGCCGUUACGCUCUGUGGUUCACCUAUGUAUAUGGCGCCAGAAGUGAUAAUGUCGCUAAAGUACGAUGCAAAAGCUGACUUGUGGAGUCUGGGUACGAUAGUAUACCAAUGCCUCACCGGUAAAGCGCCGUUCCAGGCCACCACGCCGCAUGAACUUAAAGCCUUCUAUGAGAACAGCGUAGAUUUACAACCCAAAAUGCCAGCCGGUACUAGUCCUGAACUAUGUAACUUGUUGAUUGGCUUACUGAGGAGAAAUGCACGCGAGCGCAUGCCCUUCGAAGUUUUCUUCAACCACCCAUUUUUACAACGGCCAAGAACAACUUCUAUCACAAGUUUGGACUGUGAUGUGCCCGACAUAUUGGAGUGCGAUAUCGAAGGCUGUGCCGAAACUAACUGUAUCCUAGAGGAGUCUUGGGACAGUCAGGAAACAAGUUCAAACAGCGCGAUACCCACCACGUCUCUGGCGCGCGCGCCCAUUUCGAUGCCGCAGCCCGUGCCGAUGCCGCAGCCGACCAAGAAGCUUCAACCGACUUCAUCAGCGGAGUCGUCGGACACGUGGGCGGUGCCGGAGGACUUCGUGAUGGUGGAGGCGGAGAGCGGGUCGGCGGAGACGUCGCACACGUCGCACGGCUCGGGCGAGGCGGCGCCGCGGCCGCGCUCGCUGGCGCUGGCGGCGCCGCCCGCCGACGAGCCGCCGCAACACGCGCCCGCGCCGCCGCCGCAACGGACCGCGCAGGCCGCGCCGGCCGCGCCGGGCGCGAGCGCCGUGCCGCGCUCGCAGCCCAUCGACGUGCUCCGAUCUAAUCACAAUCGAAAUGCGACCGACAUUGGCUCCCUCUCGCCACCCACGGUACCAUUUACAAUGAGGACUCCUCCUUCGGCUCGACGACGAAGUGCUUCUGGGAGCUCCCCACCACCCUCACUAUGGCAGGUCUCGCCCACAAAUAACAGAUCAGGGUCAGGGUCGUCGCCCCCGCUGUCGAUGGCGCUGAAGAUGAGCGGCGAGGCGUCGCCCAAGCGCGGCGCGCUGCCUGACGCGCUGCUGCGCCUGCGCCACCACGACCCGCCCGUCUACAUACCCGACCUGCAAGAGGAGACCAUACUGGCCGAGGAGCAUAGCAAGGUGUUCUCGCAACUGAACUUCGUGUUGAUGCUGGCCGAGCUGCUGUCCGACCUGGCCAUGUCGUGCGGCGCGCCGCUCGCCGCACUCAUGGAUGCAUCCGAUGAACGAUGCAACGAGAGCGUGCGGUUCGGGCUGCUGGUGCAGGCGAUGCAGGCGCUGGCGGCGGGCCUGCGCCUGGCCGCCGCGCACUACCGCUCGCGCACGCUGCAGCCCACGCCGCAAGUGCGCAAUGUUGUCUUACUAAUGAAUGGAAAAUAUAAGUGGAUCCUCAAUGAAUCAAAACGGCUUCAUGAGGCGCGUGUAACGCCUGCGGUCUGUGAUAAAAUUCUCUAUGAACAUGCUAUUGAAUUGUGUCAAAAGGCAGCAAUCGAAGAACUGUUUGGCGACGUGAAGGAGUGCGAGCGCCGUUACAUGUCCGCGCAGGUGCUGCUGCACUCACUCGUGCAGCGCCACCCGCUGCACCCGCACCAUCGCACCACACUGUCCAAAUACAGAGACGCAGUACAAAGGCGGUUAAACUGCCUCAAGGGGCCACGAAAAAUCAUGGAUGCGAAAGUAGAGUGUGGGAUCUCACAAUGCAAUAAGUCAUCU